GUUUCAAAGAAGUCGCAGCAGCUAUGAGAGACACAGCAGAGCUGACGCGACUCUUUGUCUCCUGAGCAUCGCUCGGUUUGUUUCCUCUCUGUCAGUCGAAUCAUUCGAAACAUGCUGCUCACUCUGCUGUUCUCCCUCCUGGUGUCUUCUGCCAUCGCCACAGAGAAAGACGGCUCCCUUCCCACGCUGACUGACAGCAAAGCUGUUGAGGCCUUCAUCGACUCGGCCGAGGUGGUGGUCAUCGGAUUCCUGGAGGGAGAGGAGAGUCACGGCUAUCAGGAACUCGUUGCCAGUGCGAAGAAGGUCGACUCGGUCCCGGUGGCCAUCUGCACCGUCAAAGAGGCGUGGGCCGACUACAACGUCUCCUCGAACACCAUCACCCUGUUCAGAAAGGCCGAUAACCACCAGGAGAACCUCGUUCUCUCUGAGAUCAAGAAGUUAGAGGUUGACGGUCUCGUCAACUUCAUCAGCGUCAACGAGGUCCGAUACAUCACCGAAUACAACCAAGUGUCUGCGGUUGGUCUGUUCGGCUCGGAGGUGAAGGCACACCUCCUGCUCUUCGCCAACAGAGGGACGAAAGAGUUCACCGAGCUCAAGGAGCAACUCGGAGCUCUGGCCCCUGAGUUCACCGGAAAGUUCUUGUUUGUGCUCGUUAACGGAGCAGUGAAGUCCAACGCCCGCUCUCUGGCCUACUUCGGCCUCAAGUCGAAGGAGCUCCCACGAGUCGGUAUCUAUGAUGGGGACUCUGACAUGAAGUGGCUCCUACCUGAGGGCGAGAUCACGACUGAACGAGUGCGAGACUUCUGCCAGUCCUUCCUACAGGGGGAGCUGAAGGAGGUGAAACAGGCCGGAGCGGAAGCCAAAACAGAGCUGUAGGACUCCAAUGUAAAUGAAUUCAUAUAAAUUAAAUAAAAUGUUAACGUCUG